AAGGGCAGAUGUGAAGGGCUCUUGCUUUGUGUCCCUCCUCCUCUGCUUUGCUUUCUAGGCUCUCUAGCUGCCUUUCGGAGUGCCCACCCUUAGGGACAACUGGAGGGUCCUCUAUACAUUCCCGGGGGCUGCCAUGCCAAGACCUCAAGGAGAGCAGCAAGGAAACAAGCCAGGAAUAAAAAUGGAACAGCAGGAUCCCGGAGAAGCAGAGCCAGAGGAGAGUCUGGAGAGGGGCCUCCGUAUCAUACAGGUUGAAGUGAGGGAAGAGCUUCCGGCCAGAGGAAGAGUCACACAUGAAAUUAAACAAGAGCCGGGUGAAGGCCCACAGCAGUACUGGGAAGCCCCACAGCAGGAGUUCCCAACAAAUGCACUGUUGCCCCAGUCAGAAUGGAAAAACUCACCGUCACCUCAGUCCCAAUCCGAGGAAACGCCGAAGGGUUUUACAUUUUCCUUCAAGGGUUUAGCUGACACCAGGAGAGGGUUUCAGAGAGAGUGGGGGACACAAACCCUACAGGGCCUUAAUAGAGAAGCCCUCCAAACUGACAGGAGUCAGGACCUUUCUAGGAACGAUGGGGAAGAGACCAUUCUGGCUGAGGAGGACCCUGUCAGCUUGGAGAUACGGCGCCGGCGCUUCAGGCGGUUCUGCUACUGGGAGGCUGAGGGGCCCAGAGAAGUCUUCAGCCGAAUCCGGGAGCUCUGCCUUCAGUGGCUGGAGCCAGAGAGACACACGAAGGAGCAGAUCCUAGAGCUGCUGAUCCUGGAGCAGUUCUUGAUGAUCCUGCCAGAGGAAAUGCAGAGCUGGGUUGGUGAACGUGGACCCGAAACCGGCAAUCAGGCCGUGUCUCUGGCAGAGGACUUUAUGCUGAUGCUGAAGGAGUCUGAGAAUUGCAAGGAGCAGGCACCAAGGACACUGGGGAGAUAUCCAGCCAACUCUGUAAAGAUGCAGCUUUCAACAGAGGGCAAAGGAGAGAGUACCUUUCCAGCUGGUGAUUGGCAGAUCAGUGUAAAAGAGGAAGCGGGUCUUCAGCUGGAAGGUCCUGAGUCUGUGGGCACCCCUGGAGCAUCAUGGGAAAGAGCUGAUGGGAAACGUUUCCAGGUCCUUGAAAUGGGAAAGACGUCCGGACGUUUGCAGGAACAAAAUCGCCAGGAAAGCCAUGCAUGGGAGGCGACUGAACAAGUUUUCCUUUCUGAGGAAGCUGAUAAAGGUUUAUGCAAAAGGACCUUCCAAGAGGGGAUGUGCAGGCGUAAGAGAAAGAAGGCUGAUAGUGGGAAAAGCCUCCGCCAGAGUUUUGGCCUCGAGAAUCAGAGACUGCAAGCUGGAGAAAAGACAUGUAAAUCCUCAGAGUGGGGGAAGAGCUUGAAGCUGAGGUGGCACCUUAACAGGCAUGAAAGGACAAAUGCAGGAGGGAAACCCUCCAUAUGGUCAGACUUUGGGAAAAGGUUUCCUCAGCCUUAUGAUGUGGCUAGACCUCAGGAAAUCCAUGCAAAGGCAAACCAGCAUGUAUGCUCAGAGUGUGGGAGAACCUUCAGCAGGCAAUCCCACCUCCUCAUCCAUCAGCGAAUGCACACAGGAGAAAAACCGUACACAUGCUCAGAGUGCGGGAAAAGCUUCAGCUACAGCUCCGUGCUUACAGAACAUGAAAGAAUCCACACUGGGGAGAAGCCCUACGAAUGCUCAGACUGCGGGCAAAGCUUCAGCCGCAGGUCAUACCUUAUCCAACACAAGAGAACCCACACAGGCAUAAAACCCUAUGAAUGCACAGAGUGCCGGAAAUGUUUCACUCGUCGCAGCGGCCUUCUCCGACAUCAGAAGCUCCAUGCGGCAAAGAAGCUGUGAUGAAGCCAUGCUCUGUUGCUAUGCCUUAGAAAUGGAUCGCUGAAUGUUGACAACCAUUGGAGGAUUUCAUAGUGUUUUUCAAAUAAGCAUUCAUUGCAGGUUGUGUAUGGUGUUUUUUUUACAAAAAUGUUUUCAAUAUGAAUAUAAGAAUUGCAUUGUUGGAUUAGGUCACAGGUCUGUUUAGUCCAUUGAUCAUUGAGGUUGGAUGCAGAAAUGUCACCUGGUUCAGAAGGCAGCUACAAGGCUCUGGUUGGAACUAAUUUUCUGAAGCAUGUGACUUGCUUUUUGCUCCCACUCUGUUUCUGGGCUCAAUUCCGACUGCUGGCUACAACUUUUUAAAGUUUAGGGGUUCUCCGCCUUGGUUCCCUAGAUGUUGUUGGACUACAACUCCCAUCAUCCCUAGCCACAAGAGCCUUUGAUUGGGGAUGAUGGGAGUUGUAGUCCAAUAACAUCUAGGAACCCAAGGUUGAGGACCCCUGCCAUAAAGUAUUUGAGACCAGGAUAUUUAAAGGACUGUCUCCUCUCACAUGAAUCUGCCCACCUGCUUAGGUCAACUUCAGAAGUUUGGUCUUCUUGUGUGGGCCCAUCACCAUCUGAAGCAUGGAUUGGUGGAGGAUUUUCUCUGUUGCCGCACCAGAAUUCCCUGCCCUGGGAGGUUCAUCUGGCUUUGGCUCUGCUUCCAUUUAGAUAUCAUCUGAAGACCUUCCUGAUUUUGAAAGGCUUUUGGUCUAGCCAUUAAUGUUUUGACCUGGCUGCCUCAGUGUUUUGUGUUGUUUUUCUCUGUUGUUUGCCUCCAUCUUGUUUUUUCUUGUCAAUUUGAAUAGUUUUGAAAUGUGAUGUGAGUUACCUUAGGACAUUUUUUGGGAAACAUGGAAAAACAAGGUAAAAAUGCAUUUAUAAAUAAUGCUGGUUUCCCCCUAAACCUUUAACAGUUGUGUUGAAUGUUGUUAACAGUUGUGAAGGACUUUGCUUCAGUGUAAGUAAGUGUAAAGUGAUGCACAGUUAGAGUGUUGGACCAGAACUGGGGAGAUCUGAGUUCAAAUCCCCAUUCAGUCACAAAACGCACUGGGUAACUCUGGGCCAGACACUUCUCUUCCUGCCAAACCUACCUCACAGGGUUGUUGUGAGGAUAAACAUUAUUAUUUUUA